AAAAGGCAGGUUCAUCUAUUAAGAGUAUUUGCCCGAUACGAUGGGCAAGAAGAAUAAGAAACAGUCUGCGGAAUUCGUGGCACCUGCUAUCGAUGAUUCUUCAGAAGUAAUUGAUCCUCCCGUGGAGCAUUAUCCCCAGGAGGAGGACACCAGUGCCGAAGUGUUUCUCUGGCUGCUAGCUUACAGUGUUCUCAUGUUCACGCUGCCUUUCUUGGGCUUCUACGGCGUGCGCAGCUGGCUGCAAGAGUCAUUUCCUCAACUGGAUCUCUUCACGGUCAACUGUUGGUCUGUUCUUACGGCAGUGGUAGUCGUAAACCUAGUGGUAGCUAUGUAUGUGCUGAAGGCUUUCCGCGAGAAGCCGCCACCACCGUUGGAGUCGGUACUUCAGGAUGAGAAAGAUGAGCCUGAAGCUGUAGAGCCCAAGAAGGAUCAAUAAUUUGAGUAGGCUACAUCUGACAACAGAGUAUUUACGAAACGUCGGACUUAAUACCAUCUUUGGAACCCGAUUUCCAAGACAUUAAAAUCCUUUUAAGGAUUAGUAACAUUUCAUUACCCUUAAUAAAUCUUUAUCUUGACACAA